AUGAUUCUUGUUUUUCUCGUCUUUCUAUUCUGUUUCUAUCUGCUUCACAGUUUCACUAAGAAUUCAAAGGUUAGAUUCACACGACAGGAUUCUGAAAAUUCAGUAGAUAUUCUGGAAGGGACAACUGCUCCGCCCAUUUCAGAGUACUUAUUGUCCAAAGAAUCAGAACGGUUGACCCGAAAACUAUCGGUGUCCCAGGCAUUUGUUGUUUCUGCUUACUUUUAUCCCACUUCAAAAUCGCUUGGAGAAAAUGCAAUUGCGUUAAAUAUGGUUGUAGACUCAAUCAACUUUGAUAGCUCAAACUAUGAGUAUAGCUUUGUAGGAUCUAAUGAGACUCAUUCAGAAUCUGGAUUAGCUGUUUCUCAGACCCAGUCCAAUAAUAAAUGCCGAUAUGCUUCGUCAGUAGCCACAGGAAACAGUUUGGACAAUUUGACAAAGCUGGAAUUAGAAUCGAAUGGAACUCGAGUAGAGAUUCCAUUCAAAAUAGCUCGGUAUACUGCUCCGAAGCCUGUAAUCAUCUGCGUUUCACCUCAAUUCGUUGCCGAACAAUGGCCAAUUUUCAUAAUGCACGCACACACUGCUCAUAGAUUUGGAGGACACAUGCACAUAUAUGUCACUUCUAUUAUUCAUCAGUACUUUGAUUUGAUGAAAGAAUACGAACGACAAGGAUAUGUCACAAUGGAAAUGUGGCUCAGAAUGAAAUUCGAGCAGCCAGGAUCCAAAUUUUUCGAACCGAAUUUGAAUACAGAAUUGAGAAAUCAAGCAGGAGCAGCAUCUGAUUGUUUGUUACAAUAUAAGGAAGCAGCAGAAUACAUUGCCUUCUUCGACAUGAAUGACCUACUGUUUCCAGUUCACUAUCCAACAUAUUUAGAAGAAUUCAAUGCGAUAUGGGCACAGAAACCAAAUGCAACUUCUCUGGUUUAUAAACAAGUCGAACAUGAGUUCUUGAACCCUUCAAAUCUCUCUGAAUACAGUUUCCAUGAGCUAGUUGCUAGUUUGAGAACUUCCUCUGCCAGAUCUUUUCGAGUGGUCGUUAAACCUGUACUACACAACUCCAUUGGAAUCCAUGGAAGUGAUUGGGAAGAUCCGAACACUAGGUCACCUAUUUCGAUUUCUGCUUUCGAAUUCAUCUCCCACAUUUCCAGAAUUCAUGUCGCUUCUCCUCAUAUUAUACAUGUAAAAAAUCCAGUCUGGAAAAAUAAAACAAAAGAAUUCGAGCAUAUCAGAAAUCCUCGCUUCUGGAUAUUCAACGAGACUAUUCACCAGAAUGACGUCAUUGCAAUUCACGACGAUAUUCUGAGAUUGAAAACCAACAAAAAAAUUUCGAGAGUCGGACCAAGUCUCCCAAGUGAAGACUUCUAUUCACCAAUCAUUUUCCAAUGUUUUGUGAGUCAAUUCUAUGGGAAACCUCUGGAAGAAUGUCCAAAUGCUGAGAAAUGCACAUUACCACAACGGAAAAAUACAAAAUGUAUGCAUACAAAUGCAGAAUACAUAUCAGGUCCACCAACUCAUCCAUUCACUUUUCAUUUCUUUAGAAACCCAAUCUGGUCUUCUGAAUACGGGUGUUAUCAAUAA